UUGGUGGCCUGAAGUGUGCUGACACAAAGUAAAAAUGAACAGUGAUGCUAUGAUAGUUUCCAGUAAACACAUCUUUGCAAUGCACUGUAAGUCGCUUUGGAUAAAAGCGUCUGCUAAAUGCAUAAAUUAUUUCUUUAAUUAUUUUUUUAAAUAUGCCUCCUAAAACUUUAUCCUUUGUGGCAACAGGCCUACAGUGUGGUUUUAAAAGAUAUACAUCACACUAACUUUAAUGGACUGCUUUCGCCUUGUAGUUUUUCUGCUUUCUUUUUCAGAGCAGCCCAUCCAAACUGAGGGACCUCCAGCACGACCCAUUUAACCAUCUGCAUCGCACGUGUCAAAUUUUACGUGCGACGUCACGCCUACGCCAGCGCGUCGAGAGCCACAGCUCCGCCAUAUUGCAGGAAAUCCGUCUGAGGUUUAGAGAUUAGUGUUUAAUCUGAGGAGAUGGGAGCGAGAGUGUGAUUGGAAAUUACUGCUAGCCAUAUGGUUAGCUCGAGUGGGCGGGUAGAUCGCGCAGUCGCUGUUCUCACACGACAGGACAUAUGUUUAUUAAGACAAAUCGGCGCGGUUCGGCACGUUAUCAUUAUGCCGAACUCUUUUAUGAGAGUCUAGCUAAACUGGCGAGUUGACGUUCUGACUGAAAAGUGGAAAAUCGGAUUAACGUUCAAGAUUGCGCACCAAACCCUAAUCAUUUUGUGUCGCUGGCUCCCGUUGCUACGAGCCCAAGGUAUCUGAUAGAGAAAAGCUGAUAGGUCAAUGUCGGCAGGAAAACACCGAGACCGGACUCGAUUCUACUAACGUUAACGUUAGUUUAUCAGCGACGAUCGGUGGUUGUGUUUCUGUCAGCGAGGGCAAGCGUUCGAGUCGUGUGUCUGCUGGCGAUGUUAUUAUGCUGCCCUGUGACCCGUGUACCAAACUGUUGUUCAGUGUUGACUAAAUUAGCUGUUUUAGUGCGUUAAACCUGCCCGCUGGUCUGAAUUUCAACAGUUCUCGGACUCUUUUGAGUCACUGGCCGCUUUGCGAUCUCUCCUUCCUCGGACUCGCAGCAGCAAACACGGAGGAUAUCUUUGCUCACUUGCUGGCUAAUUGAACUGUGAGAAGAUGUCGACUAAAGAGCCGAAAGAAAACCUGUCGACCACCGAACGAAUCAUUAAAACAGUGCCACUGCCCCCUCACCAGCGGCUGACAAUAAAGGACCUAUUUGUGGAUGGUAAGCCAAAUGCCGAGCUACUGAAGAACCAUUUGAUCAAAGAGGGACGUGUGGAGGAGGACGUUGCGCUGCGCAUCAUAAACGAGGGUGCCAACAUCCUAAGGCAGGAGAAGUGCAUGCUAGAGGUGGAGGCACCAAUCACUGUAUGUGGUGAUGUUCACGGACAGUUCUUCGACCUCAUGAAGCUCUUUGAAGUUGGUGGUUCCCCCGACAACACGCGCUAUCUCUUCCUGGGCGAUUAUGUAGACCGAGGAUACUUCAGUAUUGAGUGUGUGCUGUUCCUGUGGACAUUGAAGAUCAACCAUCCCAACACCCUCUUCCUCCUCAGAGGCAACCAUGAGUGUCGGCACCUCACAGAAUACUUCACCUUCAAACAGGAAUGUAAAAUAAAGUAUUCAGAGAGGGUUUAUGAGACAUGUAUGGAGGCCUUCGACUGCUUGCCUCUUGCAGCUCUUCUAAACCAGCAGUUCCUCUGUGUACACGGUGGCCUCUCACCAGAAAUCAACUGCUUAGAUGACAUUAGGAAAUUAGACAGGUUUAAGGAGCCCCCAGCAUUUGGGCCUAUGUGUGAUUUGAUCUGGGCCGACCCGGGAGAGGACUACGGCAGUGAGAAGACGGCAGAGCACUUUAACCACAACUCAGUCAGAGGCUGCUCCUAUUUCUUCAGUUAUGCAGCAGUUUGUGACUUUCUGACAAACAACAACCUGUUGUCAUUAAUCAGAGCACAUGAAGCACAAGACGCAGGGUACAGGAUGUACAGAAAAAGUCAGACAACAGGCUUCCCUUCAUUAAUUACCAUUUUCUCAGCACCAAAUUACCUAGAUGUCUAUAACAACAAAGCGGCUGUAUUGAAAUAUGAAAACAAUGUCAUGAACAUUAGACAGUUCAACUGCUCUCCUCACCCGUACUGGUUACCCAACUUCAUGGAUGUGUUUACGUGGUCGCUGCCCUUUGUGGGCGAGAAAGUGACUGAGAUGUUGGUGAAUGUCCUAAACAUCUGCUCUGAUGAUGAACUCAUGUCAGAGGGAGACGACUUGUGUGAAGCAGGUGGAGCUCCAGCUGUCCGUAAGGAGGUGAUCAGAAAUAAGAUCCGUGCCAUUGGGAAAAUGGCCAGAGUCUUUUCUGUUCUCAGGGAAGAAAGUGAGAGUGUACUGACCCUCAAAGGGCUCACCCCAACCGGAACGCUACCUCUAGGAGUGUUGUCUGGAGGCAAGCAGACCUUACAGAAUGCCACCAUAGAAGCAAAGGAGGGUCAAGCCAUCCAAGGUUUCUCUCCUACACGGAAAAUCCGCAACUUCGAAGAAGCUCGUGGCCUGGACCGAAUAAACGAACGGAUGCCUCCUCGCAAGGACGGCCAGCAACCUGACGGUACCACAGUUAACACUGCCAACGAGAAAAACGGCACUGACGGGAAUGUGUGAGGGGAGAUUUUGCACUUUUCCUCUCCUCCAUAGCAUUGUCUCUUUCUCUGCCACGUUCUCCACAAGACAGACCCCUCAACUGCCGGAUCCUGCAGAGGAGGGCCUUGAAUGUGGAGAGGAAUCAUUCCACAGACGGGGAGAAAAAUCACUUACAACGAAGUACAAACAUGAGAUUUUAUUUAUUAAAUGAAUUGUAUUAGAUGUACUUGAUAGCAACAUUUUAAAGAUGAGUGAACAUUUGAAAGUGUGCAAAAAACAGGUAUACAGUCACAAUGUGUCAACCUUUAAACUGCAGUUUUGUAACUCGAGAGCAGAGAUGUGGGUUUAAGAUGCUGCACAGAUCAGAAGAUCUAGUUAAUCCCCGUUUUAUAAUAUUGUAUGUCGCAAUGUAUUCGGCAAGGGAUGGUUUGACUGAAUAUACUGUUGUAUGUUAUCAAUAAGCGAUUUUAUUAAGACAAAACAAACCUAAGGGAAAUAAGUUAAACUGUAGGUUCAUUUUUAUAUCUACGAAAGUAAACCUGUUUAAUAUUACUCUGUUUCAAGCAAGAUUCAGACUGAAUGAAAAUAUUAGCUGCUUUGGGUUCCAUGUGUCUAUUUCUACUUGGAAAAACUAGCAUUUUUGUCCAAAUACAGCCAGAUGACACACCACAUGCAAGCAGCCAUAACAUUGAAGUUGUUUGAUUCUAAAAACAAAGCAUGUCUUAUGAAAGCAUCACGUAAUCUUACUUUUCUGUAUCUGUACUUGAGGCUAUUUCAGUCUCUUUAGAAAUAUCAUUUGACAGUCUUUCAGGCUCACUUUACCUCAUUUCUUUCUGCCACACUUCUCUUUUUGCUGUUUCUUAAAAAAGAUGAUAGAUGAGUUAUUAUGUACAGUGAAAUUCGUUAGUAUGCCUAUAAGCUCAUGUACACUUGUAACAGC